UAGUUUGAUUGGGUAUAACUGUGUUGUUUGUAACUGAAUCCCGAGUAACGGUAGCUUCUAAAUAUAUAAAUAAUGUAUAAAGUUGUGUUGAAAAUAAUUCAGAAAUCCUUUAUCCCUCUCCCUCUUCCUCGUCUUUCUUCAAUCUUUCUUCUAUUCUUUUUCCUUUCUUCUCCCAUUUUUUCUAUUUUCUAUCGUUUCCUUUGGGUUGUGGCUCUGCCCCAACAUUUGGUAUUGGAGCUGCAAGAUCCUGAGUCUCAACGAUUCUGUGGACAGUUGAUUGCCGAUUCAAGAGGGUAACGCACCUAACCUAAUCUCGAAGAAUUCUAAGAUGGGUAUUCGUGUUUCUUGAUAAGAAAGAAUCCUAAGAUGGGCAUCUUUUCUAGCCGCAAAACUGUGAAUAAAUGUGGGGAUUUGUGGCUGGAAAUCUAAUGUUUUUAUGAUCUUGAAGGAACAAGAAUGGGAAAUUUGGAGAAGAAACAGAGAAAGUUAAAUCAUUGUCAAUUAACUGUGCAUCUUUUAAAGGUGUUCACGUGUCUUUAUGCAGUGGAAGUUCUGAAAUUGUUUGUUUCACUCGUAGAUAUUCUUUUUGAAGAAAAAAAAAAUGCAAUUAUUAUUCCUGAGCAAAGUGUGGCAUCAGACAAAAUGAGUUUAGCUGUGAGCAAGAAAGGCUUGACUUUGAAAGAGCUUCUUCAACGAACUUCCCAUCGCAAUGCAAAAGUUCGUAAAGAUGCAUUGAUGGGUAUGAAGGAUUUAUUCCUUAUGUAUCCGGAAGAGCUCAAAUUGAACAUGCAUGAAGUUAUACAAAAACUAUGUGGACGUUUUGGAGAUGAGGAUAAAAUGGUUCGAGAAACCCUUUAUCAACUUCUCAAAUCAGUAAUUUUUCCUACCUGCAACGAGGAUAUGCCUUUCAUUCAUUUAAUGAUGGGAUACAUUUUUGUCGCAAUGGCAAAUUUAGCAAUUGAAGUUCGGCUUAUGGCUUUCAAGUUUUUUGAUCUCAUUGUACAGUAUUAUCCAGCUGCAUUUUCAUUACAUGGUGAAAAGGUUCUUCAAAAUUAUGCGGAUAUUCUGCAGAAGAACCAGUUCUGUUUAGAAGACAAGGGCAGGCUCAAGAAUGUGCUUGUUGGUUUGUUGCGCUGCUUGUCACUGUUGCCAUCUAAAAAAGUAGAAGUUGACACAUUCAAGAAGGAAGUCCAUAGGCGCGUGUUGCAUGCUUAUGAGCCUACGAGGCCUACAGAUUUUGCUGAUAUAUCUGUCAUCAUCAGUAAACUAAAGGAUUUAUUUCCAGUUUUAGUCAAUUGCUUCCAAGACCUCAUUCCAUUAAUUCAUAAUACGCCACAAUUGGAUGCACAAACAUUUGAUUUCUUACAUAACAUACUUCAGAGCAUCAACCUUAUAGUCAGAUUUUUCGUUUAUGCGACUGACAAGGGUUAUUCAGAAUCAUAUGCAUCUAUGUCGGAUCAAGGCAUCUCAUUGGUGCUACUGAAGAAGUUUCUAGGUGUAUUUCCGUUCAACGCAGUGCAUUCAGAAAAGGAUGAUGACCGAUAUUUUUCCCUGAAUGUUGUGAUUGCUGAAAUAUUUUUGCACUUAGAUGAAUGGAUCCGCCCUCCUGCUGAGUUACUAGAGAAAUUUCUUGCAUUCAUGGAGCAUGCACUGCUUGACAAGAUCCAUGGUGAAACAAGGUCUGGCAGAGAAAAGCAGAUGCUUACACUGGUUCAUUUUAUGCCAAAACUUGUAGCACAAGUGAUAGGCGACUGGAAGUCUCGCCUUCUACAGGCAUUUACAAAGACAUUCCUUGAUUGCAAACCAGAGUCUUCAGUAAAAUUGGCUUGCCUUGCCGCAAUUGAAGAAAUGCUUUUUUCUAGAAAAGGAAUGUGGCAACCAGAUGGAUAUGAUCCAGAAGUAGUGGGCCCUCUUAUUACUUGGAUAAGAGAGCUACCUGUGUUGUUAAUCCUGCUCGGUGAUAGGCAUCCAUCCUCUUCUGAGGCUGUGUUGCAUCUUCUGCUUGACCUGGGUCGAUUUGCUUCACCGGGUACUUUCCUUGCAAAGGAAUACGACGAGGUGCAAAAGUCGCUACAAGAAUUUUACUGCACGUAUCAAGAAGGGGAUAAAUGUUAUGGUCCUUUCACAAGGCUUCCAUUGGAGUGUCAAAAACUCUCCAUCUAUAGUCUUGCUUACUUUUCUCACCUAGAUUCACCUUUGCUGACGUCAGUAACUUUAUGUUGCCUCCGUGAGUAUUACCUGUCCAUUAAUUUACAGUGUUGGCUAGUUUGAUUUAGUUACCCCUGCUGUUGAUGCUUUGAGGAUCUAGUAUAAAAUAGCUGAAUUACCUACAUUUAUGAAGUAUCAGGCUGUUAUAUUAUUUAAUUUCAUAUUUGAUGGUCCUCCUCCUGAUUUAGUCAUUGAAAACUUUAUA